UGCCUGAUCCUGAGUGGACUUGCUUGGUGGGAAAAAGAUUGGGUUUAGAAAAUUGUAGUACAGUUGUAACAAGACUAUUAGCAAUUGAAUUAAACACUUAACACUAAAUGCUAGUGUUGUUAUAGCAGCUUAUUUUUCCUGUUCUCAUCUUUGUCUCGAGUCAUUCCUAGUUGUUUUCAACAAGACAGAUUCUGGAACUUUAUCAUCUUCACUUUUGCGGGUUCAAGACCUGACAGUACGCGCAAGCAUUGGCUAUCUCACUGUGCCUGGCCUUGGCCUCGAUUUCGUCCCGGAGAUGAGUUCUCAGAAGAGCUCAAGGAGUUUGUCAUGUGUUCUCUUCUUAUUGUUUUUCACUUUGAAAGCAAAUUUGUCUAGAGUCACACAUUUGGUCCUUUGUGAACUUAUUUCCUAAAGAAUAAACUUCACCUUUUGCUAUACUCCCUGUUUUGGGAUGGGUUAUUGCAGUAGUGAGUUGUUUUCCUAAUAGAAAAGACUUUGCAGUGAUAGUCAUCGUAUUAUAUUUGGGUGCCUUUAACAAAGGGAUAUUGUGUUGGGAAAAAAAACAUUUGUUUUAUUUAUUUUUCUUCCUUAGUUAAAAGUAUUGAGCAAGCUUUGUAUCUUGCAACUAUGUAGAGGGGGAUGUUCAGAUGAGCAAUAAAGCAAGCUAAUUUUAUUUGUUUUAUGCCUUGGGUAUCUAUAAAAGGGCCAGAAAAAACGAACACCAGAGAGACAUGGCACUAGUAGUAUUUCUAGUAUCUAUCUUUAAGGCUGUUUGAAUGAAUUUCUUUUACUAGGCUGCCUGUCCUCUGAAUUUCCUCCUAGCACCCUGGAUGAUCCGUCAGACCUCAGGAGUCAUGCUGCAUGGUUUCUACUCCUGGCACUUGGGUUGGUUGGAAACCUUGAGGCAAUGACAGGGACCCCCCAAGGUCCUUGGGCCACGCCCAACAUCUAAUUUAAAGGCGCUGCAGAAUGCGGAGUGAAGAGCUGGCGGGGUCCAUGGAGAGCCGCGGGCCGAGUCCGGGGCUGGCGCCGGCGCCUCCCGGCCGCCUAGGGGCGCUGUACUCCGAGGCCUGGGGGUACUUCCAUCUGGCGCCCGCGGGCCCGGGGCACGCGUCGGGCCACUGGGCCACGUGCCGCCUGUGCGGGCAGCAGGUGGGCCGCGGCCCGGGCUUCCACGCGGGGACCUCGGCGCUGUGGAGGCACCUGAAGAGCGCGCACCGGCGGGAGCUGGAGGGGAGCGGUGCCCGUCGCUCGCCGCCCUGCCCUGCCACGGCCGCCGAGGGCGACUGGGCGCGCCUGCUGGAGCAGAUGGGCGCGCUGGCCGUGCGCGGCAGCCGGCGCGAGCGGGAGCUGGAGCGGCGCGAGGCGGCCGUGGAGCAGGGCGAGCGCGCCCUGGAGCGGCGGCGGCGGGCGCUGCAGGAGGAGGAGCGCGCCGUGGCCCAGGCGCGCCGCGAGCUCCAGGCCGAGCGGGAGGCCCUGCAGGCGCGGCUGCGGGAGGUGAGCCGCCGAGAGGGCGCGCUGGGCUGGGCCGCUGCCUCGCCACCCGCGCCUCUCAAAGAGGACCCCGAGGGCGACAGGGACGGCUGCAUCAUCACGAAGGUCCUCCUGUAGGGGUUUGGCCACUGCCGCCAUCCCACGCCUGCGCUCCUCCAAGUGUGGGCCGCGGGCCAGGCACCUCUCAGCCUCCCCUGGCACAGAAUCCAGGCCCGCUGCCCCUGCAGACUCGGAAGCUCCAAAUGUGGGGCCUCCACCCGAUGCUGACCUUCAGUGUGAGAUGCACUUCGGAGGCCAGAGCAGAAUUCAAAAAUGGCGUCCUCAGUGGGGUCAUCUGUAGUACCUGGUUGGCCUUCCGUGGGCAUGCGUGCAGGGGACGUGGUGGGACACGGGAAACCUGAGUGCUCCAGCAGUCCCAUGAACCCAGAGCACCCGGUGCCAAGGCCACUUAGGGAUGGGAACCUGAACCUGGCGAUUCUGAAAGGGCAGAAGCUUCUUUCCACACCUAAGACUUACCACCCCGUGUGCCUAUACCCCAGGCGGCCCAAGGUGGAGGGUGCAUGGUAAUGCGGAUAAAGCUGUUGACCCGAAGGAGUCUUGACUCAUUUCCUAAUGCAUAAUCUGCCCAGCACCAAGUUCCGAAAAGGGGACCUUGAGUUUCUGUAACUGCUCUUUACCCGUCAUCGCUAGAGCCUCACGGGCAGUCCCGGAGAGCCCCUCGUUUUACUCCCCUCCUCCCACGUUGCCCAGCCAAUACCAGGUGCCCCGUCUCGCCGCAGCCAUCGUGCCCUCGGUUCAGACCCACGGGCAGGUGUGUACGUUUCUCCUCUUUCAGUCAUGACAUCUGCUUCCUUGCUAGCAAGACAUCACCUCAUCCCCUUGUCACUAGGAAGGCUGGUUCCGUCCCCACGUCUUCACAGUCCUCGCUUCUGGGCCAAAGGAGAAAGCCUCCCUCCCACCUAAGGGCCACAUCUUCCUGUCAUGUCUUCAUCCCAUUCCUCUUCGUCAUUUACUGGGUCUUUGCUCCAUUAGUGUUCCUCCUCUCUCUGUCUCAUUCCCUCCCUUUCCCCAGGCUCUUCUCCCUGGGCAAUGCCGUCUCCCUUGUAGUGAAAAGAAAGAUUCAGCCCAAAAGGGUCAGGUAGUCCCUGCUGCCUACACUUCCCAGUGUUUACUCCUUCACUCCUGGUCAGCUUUCCAUGCUACACCGGACACUUUUGAAGCCACCACAAUCUCCUAAUGACCAAAUAUGAUGAUUUAUUUUCAACCUUCAUUUUGCUUAAUCUGGGAGAUGGACCAUACUUUUACUCCACAGAAUUCUUUUUCCUGAUGUAUACUGCUUCCCAGCUUUUCCUCUGUCCUCCUUUUUUCUCAUUUUUUAAUAUCGAUAAAAUCCAAGUAUCCAGAAAAAGUUGAAAGACUAGUACAAUGAAUACCCAGAUACAUACCCUCUGCCCAGAUUGAACAAUUGUUAAGGUUUUGCCAUAUUUACUUUUCCUUCACCCCACGCGUGGAUGUAUAUAAUGACAUUUCACCCUUAAGUAUUUCAGCAUAUAUUUCCUAAGAACAAAGACAUUGUUCUAGAUGAUUAUAGUAUGAUUAUUGUACCUAGGAAUAUAAUCAAAAGCCUCUAAUAUAGCAUCCUUAAUCAAAAUUCAGUAAUUGUCUCAAGAACAUCUUUUUUUUUUUUAAACCAAGCCCAAUCAAGGUUCAUACAUUACUUUUGGUUAUGACUCUCAGUCUCUUUAGUCUAGAACAACCCCCUUAAAUUUUUCCCCAUGAUACUCACUUUUUGAAGCAUCCAGGCCAGCUGUCUUAUCGAAUGUCCUAUAUUCUGGAUUCGUCUGAUUGUUUCUUUGGGCCAAUUUCUACACUCUUGGCUCAUCUCCCUGUAGAGCUACGAUAAUUUUUUCUGUGCCAGGGAAUCCUGAAUAUCUCUAGCCUUGAGUGUCCUCCCUGGGUCUGGUCCUUCAUGUCCAACCCCCUGCUGCAUGUCUCCACCCCGCUUGCAUAUCCUGCCUCUGAAAUGGAAGGGGCAACUUUCUUCAACCCUGCAUCCUACCUUUCACCUGGCAACAUUCACAGGGCUCUCACAAUUAUUAGGUACAUACCACACACUGUGCGGGUAUUCUCUCACUUUACUCUCACAGCCUGCUUUGUAGCUAAAGAAACUAAGCUAGAGAGGGGUUAAGGAUGAAGUCACAGCUGGGGAGUAGUAGAGGUAGGAUCCAAAUGCAGUCAGUCUACCCCCAGAUGCCGUGUUCCUAGCUACUGUACUGCCUCCGGAGAGCUCUGCUUCCCUUACUACUGAGGCACCUCAGCUGUUUCCCUCUUAACCCCAGCUGAGUAAUUCCCGUUAGUGGAAUUAACUGAAAUUAGUAACAUUAGCAUUUACUGAGUUCACUAUGUGUCAGAGCUGUGCUAAAUGCUUUCCAAGAAUAAUUACCUGCCACGCAGCAACCUCCUGACUUAGGUGCUGUGCCCACUUUGUAGAUGAGACAGGUUUGGGGAGUUAAGAAACGUCUUCAGAGAGACAGCUGUGAAGAGGCAGAGUGGGAUUUGAACUCUUCUCACUAAAUCCUAGGCACCUGCACUACUAAGCCUAUUGCUACAAAAUAUUGUACCUGCCAAGCUCAAGCCCCAUUUAUCAUCCAUCCUGGAUUCAUCUUCCCAUCCUUGUCUUCCCCUAUCACCCCCUACCUGACACACAGCUUGGCCAAAGACAAGGAAUUGUCCUGAGCCACCACUGAUUACUUGUAUCACUUUUCCUGCUCAAAAGCCCCCAAAGUCACCCCUCACCUACUUACUAUAGUACAAGCUAUGCCUUUGUGGCCCAGCAUUCAAGUUCCUCCCUUUCCCCUGUGCCAGUCUUAUUGUCCGCUCCCCUAUGUACACUGUAUGCUCCAGCCACAUUGGACUCUUCUUCCUGACAUGUUCUGGUGGUUGGCAUUUCUGUACCUCUUAAAAAGCCCCUUCAAUCUCCUUGAGUACAAAAAAUCCUACCCAUUUUCUGAGAGCAUGAAGCUUUCCUUGAUUUCUCAUUUCAGGGCAUUUCCUUACUUCUCUGGACUCCUAGCAUUUUGUAUCUCACAACCCUCGGAGCAGGCCAUCUAGCAUAUGGCUAUGUGGGUUUCUGUCUUAUUUUCCCACCAGACCCCAAGCUCUGGGGGGUAACUCAUUCAUCCUCCCCUCACAGUGCCUUGCAUACAAUGGGUGCUCAAUCAAUAUUUGAGGCAAUGAACCCAUUCAAUGUGUUCAAGAUUUUUACAAGUUAGUUUUCUGUAAUUAUGUAAUUCUUCAUUUAUCUUUAAUUCUCUGAGUGAAAUUCAUAACAAAAGCCCACAGAGAAAUAACUAAUAAUUUUUUAAAGCUGUUUCGUCAAUAAAGAUUUAAUUUAAUAAGGUUCAGUUUUGGGUUGUUCAGCUAUUGUAGCAUUUGUAAAACUUUUUUUUUUUCUUAAUACAAGUAACACAAAUAUAUUACCCCAGUCUAGGAAGAAGAGCAGAAAAAAAAUCCCCCCAAAUCCAAUCAUCUUAAUAAAAUUGCUUUUAACACUUUAACGUAGUGCUCGCUUUUGCAGCACAUACACUAAAAUUGGAACGACACAGAGAAGAUUAGCAUGGCCCCUGCU